AUGGCCGACGAUUGGGAUCUCCACGCCGUAGUCAGAGGCUGCUCAGCCGUCAGCUCAUCAGCAACCACCACAGCCACCGUCUUCUCCAGCAACGUUUCAUCCCACACGAGCCCUGUUUUCACCUUCGAACCAAGAAGUAACACCGUCGUCUUCGGAGAGACUCGAGAUCUCUACACGCCGUUCACGCAAGAAUCAAACGCCUCGUCGUUUUCUUGUCUGAAUUACCCAGAAGAGCCCCGACAGAGACAAAACCAGAAACGUCCCCUUUCUCUCUCUGCUUCUUCCGGCAGCGUCACUAGCAAACCCACAGGAGCCUCCAACACCUCUAGAUCUAAAAGAAGAAAGAUACAGCAUAAGAAAGUGUGCCAUGUAGCAGCAGAAGCUUUAAACAACGAUGUCUGGGCGUGGCGAAAGUACGGACAAAAACCCAUCAAAGGCUCACCCUAUCCAAGAGGAUAUUACAGAUGCAGUACAUCGAAAGGAUGUUUAGCCCGUAAACAAGUGGAGCGAAACAGAUCCGACCCGACGAUGUUCAUCGUCACUUACACGGCGGAGCACAAUCACCCAGCUCCUACUCACCGUAACUCUCUCGCCGGAAGCACCCGUCAGAAAACCUCCUCUGAUCAGCCGACGACUAAGUCUCCCACGACCACGAUCGCUCCCUACUCGACGUCUCCGGUCACAUCGUCGGCAGAUGAUUUUGUCUUGCCGGUGGAGGACAUAGAGGUCGGAGACGAGGAUCUGCUGUCUUUGUCGGAUACGGUGGUGAGCGAGGACUUCUUCGAGGGGUUGGAGGAAUUCGCCGUGGGAGAUAGCUUUUCCGGGAACUCUGCUCCGGCGAGUUUCGAUCUUUCUUGGGUUGUGAACAGCGCUGCCACAGCUAGCGGUGGAAUAUGA